AUGAAACCAAGAAUAUUGCUCACCGGCCUGACAGCUUUGUUAUGUUUCAGUGCCUGCUUGGCCUCAGAGCUGUCUUUUCUGCAGGAGCCCCGAGAUGUUAUCGCAGUGAGGGAUCGUCCGCUCAUGUUGGACUGCAGCGUGCGGGGCGAGGAGCCCAUCCAGAUUACCUGGCGUAAAAAUGGGGUGCCUUUGAUCACCAACCCUCGGGUUCAGGUGCUGGCAAACGGCACCCUGUUGAUCCACAGCUUUCAGAAACGCAAAGAAGGCAGCGAUGCUGAUAUGGGAGAGUACGACUGCGCCGCUCAAAAUCGCUAUGGCAUGCUGGUCAGCCGUAAGGCCAAAGUCCUGUUGGCAUCGCUUCCUAAAUUCCACACCCACCCUAUGACCAUGGCAGUAGACGAGGGCGGAGUCGCACGCUUCCAGUGUCAGAUCAAUGGAAUACCUGAGGCCAACAUCACCUGGGAGAAAGACAGGGUGCCCCUGAGCACCAGUAACAAUAGGUACACUCUUCUACCAAUGGGGAUCCUCCAGGUGACAGGCGUGAGACAGGCAGAUGUCGGGGUGUUCCGCUGCGUUGCCACCAACAUUGCAAACACUCGCUACAGCCAUGAGGCCAUUCUCAACAUCACUGGUGGAGCUGUAAGAACCUACAAGGAGCCAGUCAUCCUGUCAGGACCUCAGAAUCUAACCAUCACUGUCCAUCAGACCGCCAUCUUGGAGUGCAUUGCCACAGGAAACCCAAAGCCUAUUGUUUCCUGGAGCAGACUAGACGGCCGCUCAAUCGGGGUGGAAGGUAUCCAGGUCCUUGGAACGGGGAACCUGAUGAUCUCAGAUGUGUCUCUGCAGCACUCUGGUGUGUAUGUAUGCGCUGCCAACCGGCCCGGCACCAGGAUGAGGCGUACCGCGCUUGGCAGACUUGUGGUACAAGCACCUCCAGAGUUCCUGCAGUGGCCGCAGUCUGUUUCCAAACCAGCAGGGGGCAGUGCCGUGUUCACUUGUGUGGCACAGGGUGUGCCCGAGCCUCACCUCAUCUGGCUGAAGAACGGCAAGGUUUUAAUGCCUGGACACAACGUCAAGUUGACCAAUAAUAACAGUACUCUGGCCCUGACCCGUAUCAGCUCUGAGGACGAGGCCAUCUACCAGUGCAUUGCUGAGAACAGCGCCGGCACCAACCAGGCCAGCGCCCGGCUCGCUGUGGCCCAAGCUAAAAACCUGCCCGCCGCUCCCCAGGGCCUCUCGGUCAGCGUGCUGUCCACCAGCGCUCUGCAGAUCUCAUGGAGCCAGCCACCCGUCGAAGUCACUGACGGCAUCAUUGGCUACGUGCUGCAUAUCCGCAAAAUAGGAGAGCCGGAUGCUUUGGAGCUGCAAGAAGCCAUCAGCAAAGGCGCCUUUCAGCACGAUGUGAACAACCUGGAGCCAGCCACCACCUACUCGCUUUAUCUGAAGGCCUAUUCACCCCUUGGAGCUAGUCAGCAGUCUCGCAGUGUGGUGGCAACAACACUAGGUGGCGUACCGACCCCUCCCACCUUCUUCACCAAGGUGGUGAAUUCUAGCGCUGUCCAGGUACUGUGGGAGCUCCCCAGCAAGGCGGGCAAAGCUGAGGGCUUCAGGCUGUCCUACCGCAGGGUCCCCAAUGCUGACUUCCAGGGACCCAUCCAGCUGCCCUGUCACAUCAACGCCCACAUCGUCUCAAGUCUGGAACCGGGUGCAGUGUAUGAAGUCAAACUGGUGGCAUACAAUGGAAAUGGGGAAAGUGACUGCUCCAAGAGACUGGUAUCAUUGGCAGAUGACGCCACGAGCGCCCAAAACACCGGUGAGAACACACCGUGUCAGUGUAGAGACGGUGAAGCCUCUUUGGGCAGCAUUGUUAUUGGCAUCCAUAUUGGCACUGCCUGCAUCAUCUUCUGCGUCAUCUUCCUCAUGUUUGGGUAUCGCCGUAGUUUGUUUUGCGCUAAGGGGACUCAGGAGAGCUGGUCUGUACCAAGUGACAACACAGGGCACAAUGGCAGCCAUAAGGAGGCAACAGACCGUCCCAGGAUGGAGCCAGUGCCUCAGCAGGCGGUUUGUCCGGCGCAGUGCCAAGUCGUCAUUGAGCAACACUCAUCAGGUCUUCCUGGCACUGGCACAGGCUAG